AUGGAACCAGAAGGCAAUAUUGUUCGCAUUGGGAUAUCGCUACUUGGGAGUGACUAUGAAUUAAUUGAAGCCGGAUGGGCGGUGAACCCGAGCGUGUAUGGAGAUAGACAGACUCGGCUAUUUUCAUAUUGGACGGUUGAUGGUUCAACCAAAACAGGUUGCUUUGAUCUAACGUGUCCUGGGUUUGUUCAAACAAGCAAUGAGAUUGCUUUGGGUGCUGCAAUUCAUCUAAAAUCCAUACCAGCUGAUCUUACAUAUCAGAUAACUAUUUACAUCUACAAAGAUCCAUACACAAACAGAUGGUGGCUACAAUACAAUGAGGAGACGAACAUAGGGUAUUGGCCAGCAGAGCUAUUCUCAGGAUUGAGGUCAAAUGCAGAAUCAGUGGAGUGGGGAGGUGAAGUUUACAGCACAAGGGUAGGGACCAGUCCUCAUACAGGAACACAUAUGGGUAGUGGGCAAUUUCCUGAUGCAAUGUUUGAUACCUGUGGUGCGGUAACAAGAAUGAGAAUUCAUGAUAAUUAUCCAGCCUUGAAGUCUCCAGUUUAUGUUGAAGCUUUCACAGACGAAUAUAACUGUUAUGAUGCACGUUAUGUGGGAGAUUAUGUGGAAGAUCCUGAAUUCUACUAUGGAGGACCUGGCAGAAACCCUUUGUGCCCUUAAGCCC